AGGCUAGAUGGACUUUGAACUCCGCUUUCAACACUGUUUACUAAUUCGCCCGCUAAGGAGGUGUGUGUGUCGGCGUGUAAAUUUUGUAGCCAAAGAACACGAGAACCGUUUUGUGUAACAGUUAGUGUUUAUAAUCUCUGCUGAGCUGAUAACGUAAAUAGUCCUUGGAACCUGUAAGGAAUCAGUAUGGCUGAAGCUAGGCUUGGCGUAGUGUUUCAAUUCCAAGUGACCGAGGAUGGAAUUGUCGUCAAUUUCGACAGACACAGUCUUAAGUCUGUCGGUCGAGCUAUGGUGAAAUCUGCUAAACGGCGAGUUAAGGUUGCAAAGAAGGCGAUUUUAAAACGAUCUUUUCCUGCAACCCCAGCUUCUUGGAUUCUUCUUGUUGCUGCCUUGGGUGGUGCUCGAUAUUCAGAGCAUGAAACAACUCUGGGAGUAUUGGGAAGGUUGGAACGUGGAAUGCCUUGGAGUCACAAUUUAGACCCCAAAACAGUAAUAGCUGUGGCAGUUUUGGUGGGUGCAACAAUACUGUGGAUGCUGUUAGGUCACAUUCAGCAGUUCUCCUUGCGCCAGUUGUUGCGUUAUAGAGCAUUUUUGUAUGAACCAAGAGGGAAGCUGUCAUUUAAAACUAAGUGCUGGCUGGGAUUAGUAAAACUCCUUGGAGGUAAGAACCCCACUUUGUACAGUUAUGAGAAGUCUCUACCAUCCUUGCCUGUUCCAGAUCUCAAUGCCACUACGGAGAGAUACUUGCGUUCAGUCAGACCUGUUCUUGGGGAAGAAAGAUUUAAAAAGAUGGAAACAUUAGCGGAAGAAUUUAAGAAUGGUCUUGGAAAGAAGCUACAGCGCUACUUGGUUUGGAAAUCUUGGUGGUCCCCAAACUAUAUCAGUGACUGGUGGCAGCAGUUUGUGUAUCUUCGCUCCAGAGAACCUCUUAUGAUCAAUAGUAACUACUAUGGAGUGGACUCUAUGGAGGUUCCAUCACCAAUACAAAGUGCAAGAGCAGCCAACAUCAUUCAUGCCAUGUAUGUGUAUAGAAAACAGAUCUUCAAGGAAAAACUGGAACCUCAAUUUGCAAUGGGUUUAAUUCCACUUUGUUCAGAACAGUUCAGGAAAACAUUUAAUACAACUAGGAUCCCACUGAAAGAACAAGAUCACCUCCAUCACCAUGGAUCAACAUCCCAUACUGUUAUCUAUCAUCGGGGAAGAUUUUUUAGACUUGAGGUCUUUCAUCGUGGACAGUUGUUGAAGGCUGCUGAUCUGGAAAAACAAAUUGUAAGGAUCCUGGAAGAUGAUUCAAAGCCAGCACCAGGGGAAGAACUUCUACCUGCUUUAACAAGUGCUGAAAGAAAUCUAUGGGCUGAGACAAGAAGUACUUACUUCAGCAAAGGUGUCAAUAGAGAGUCUCUGGGCUGUAUAGAGGAUGCUGCAGUUUUCUUGAGUCUGGAGGAUUUGUCAAUGAAUUAUGGAGAAGAAGAUUCUGAAGACAUGGAUUCUCUCUGUCGAUAUCUGCUCCAUGGCAAUGGCCACAGUUGCUGGUUUGAUAAGUCAUUCUCCAGCUAUGUCUUCAAGAAUGGCAGGUUUGGCCUUUGUGCAGAGCACUCAUGGGCAGAUGCUCCAAUCAUGUCUCAUUUUGGGGAGAGUCUUAUGAUAGAAGACAUCCAAGUUAUGGGAUACAAGGAAGAUGGUCACUGCAAUGGUGAGCCAGAGUUUGACCUUCCCCCACCUGUAAGGCUCAAGUGGGACAUCCCUGAAAAGUGUGUUUCAAUCAUCGAGACUUGCCAGGAGAAUGCAGAAAAGUUGAUCAAUGACCUCGACCUCCAUGUGCUUGUGUACACUGCUUUUGGAAAAGGUGCCAUUAAAAAGUGCAAAUUAAGCCCAGAUGCUUUUAUUCAGAUGGGUCUUCAGCUGGCCUACUUCAAGGAUCAACAAUCUUUCAGUCUAACUUAUGAGUCAUCCAUGACAAGACUUUUCAGAGAGGGUCGCACUGAAACAGUCAGACCUUGCACCACUGAGUCAUGUGCUUUUGUUAAGGCAAUGCUAGACCCUUCUUCCACGAAUUCUGAGAGGAAAGAGCUCCUUGAAAAAGCUGCGGAACUUCAUGUCGAUGGUUUCAAAAAGGCGAUGUCUGGAGAAGGUGUCGACCGUCAUUUAUUUGGCUUGUAUGUUGUGUCCAAGUACUUAGAAGAGGACUCACUAUUUCUGAAGGAGGCUCUCAAAGAACCAUGGAAGCUGUCUACAAGCCAGACUGCAACCCAGCAAACAAAAAGAGGAGACUACGACAAGUAUCCAGGAAUGAAAACGGCAGGAGGAGGGUUUGGACCUGUCGCUGAUGACGGUUAUGGAGUAUCGUACAUUAUUGCGGGUGAAGAUGUCAUCUUCUAUCAUGUCACAUGCAAGGUUUCGUCGCAGCUCACUGAUUGCAAACGUUUUUGUGCAAACAUUAGGGAAAGCAUGGCAGAAAUGAAAGCUUUGUUCGAUGACUAAACCCUCAAAAUCUAUAAACAGAGGUUUCGAUCAGUUUCUCUGGAUGCUUCUGUACUUAGCCAAGUAACUUUUCUAACUAGCUUUCGCUCCUUUUGAGUUUCCUAUGUUCAGCUGACACGCCUCACCUUUCCAUCCCUAUGAGAAAUAGGAUGUAGGGCCCCUCCUCCAAACUGGUCUCCGUGUUUGGCUACCUCAUGCCCAGCUAACACUUAUGAUAAUGAGAAAAUGAUCUGAUUCUUUUGGGAAAAAAAGUUUACUGGUCUUUUCAACAGAACAAAUCUCAAGCGGCCCAUGGUCUGUCUAUUACCGAAAUAUUGUGUGGGUCAAAUCCCCCCUCCAAAGCUCUUAAAUGCGUCCUUUUUUUUUUUGAAACAGCUCGCUGAAAAUGUCAGCUGUACGUAGGAUAUUCUGACACGAGUUCAUCUAAAAGUAAGUAGGAGUGAAUUUAAUACACAAGAAUGCGAUGUUGCACAUAUUUUCAUUAACGAAACGCGGGAUGCUUCUUCAGCUUCAUUUAGUAUCAAAGAAUUGGACUAAAUAUUUUUUACAACACAUAUAUUUGAUACUGUGUUCACUAGCAUCUUUAUGGGUCUGUGGAGUGAAAAUGUUAACUCAUUAUUCAAAGAACGUUUUCAUUCACGUGACAAGCGGCCAUAUUUGUGUCCUCAGACGAAAGAGGAUUUACAACCGCAUGGGCUGACUUGAGGUCACGUGAUAGCGACAGAGAGUGUUCAUUCUUCGGGUUGUUACACAACGUAUCCAUCUUUUUUUUUUUGUGCGACGUAUUGAUCCCUUCGCUGCGUUGUAUUGCAACCCAAGUAGCUCUCAUCAAACAGACCACUUUAGGUUAGAAUUUCAUAAAUGAUUCUAGCAACACCCAUAUAAUCUUUUGGAUAUAUUUUAGGUAAAGUUAACGCAUGGUAUACGCGGUAGUUAAGAAUGAUAUUGACGUUCGUAACAAAUUAAGUUGACUUAGUUUUAAAGGAUGAAGGUGAAUGGUGACGUGAAUGAAACACAGGCAAAUCGCAAGUGAAAGAGUUCUCUAAUUGGCAUAAUUGCGUUUUUCACAUCAUGAUACACGACAAAAUUAUAGUGUAUAGGAAGGACUAGACUGAACAAAUGGCGUAAGCGAGAAGAGGUACGCGAGUAAGGAAGAGAGAGCGUGUGAAGAAAGUCUAGGAGAUGAACUUUGAUGUUGAGAAAAGUGCCAGGUUGGAGCUGCCUACAGAUAUACUGCACUGUAUUUGUGAGGUAUGUGACUGCCACGUAAAAAGCUAGGAGAAGCGGAUAGCGCGUUUCUACGUAAUUUUGUGAACUUUACAGAAAACCACUUUACAGGCACACGUAAAUUUUAAAAUUAAUUCAAGAGUGAGGUUUUAGUAUUAGUGUAGAGAAUAUUUCCUUAAUAAAAUGUAAUUAUCAAGAA